AACAAUAAAACGGGGGUGGUGCAUUUGCAGGAACCAAAGUGAGUAGAGGGGCUGCGAUGCUACAGAGCUCCUGUGUGGUCCCAGCCUCCCUCUCUCUCUUUUGGCUCUUCCUCCUUCACUCACAUUUUCUCUUCCCUCCUUUGAGGCUCUAAGCCUAUGAGCUGGCGUUGGCUCUUCCUUACACACCCAGUGGGGCUUUAAAAAGGCAGGGCCGGAGGUCUUAGCAGCCACACACUCCCUGCCUGUGCCUCUGUGUUUUGGUCUCGCGUGCUGCUCUAAAAGCCGGCUCUGUCAACCUCUUCAGCCUCCAGGUCGCUUGGAUUAGAGAUGCAGAUGCCACAUUGCAGGGCCCCCAAUCUAUUGCUCAUCUUCACACUGGGCCCCACACUGUUGGCUGUGGGCCGGGCCACUAUGGAGAGCCAAGCGCUACACGAUCUGGAGAAGGACCCAGCAUACUGGGAUGCUCAGGCCAGAGCAACACUGAAUGCUGCGCUGAAGCUCCGCCCUCGCAACCACCAGGCCAAGAACAUCAUCCUGUUCCUUGGCGAUGGGAUGGGUGUGUCCACAGUGUCUGCAGCUCGAAUCUUGCGAGGUCAGAUGGAAGGCAAAUCAGGGGAGGAGACAAUGCUGGCAAUGGACACUUUUCCAUACGUGGCCUUAUCAAAGACCUACAGUGUGGAUAAGCAGGUAGCAGACAGCGCUAGCACGGCUACAGCCUACCACUGUGGGGUGAAGGCUAACGCUAAGACAGUGGGGCUCAGCGCUAAAGCAGUGGCCUAUGAGUGUAACACCACGUUUGGUAACGAGGUUUAUUCAGUACUACGGCGUGCUAAAGCACAAGGUAAAUCAGUUGGCGUAGUGACCACCACUCGUGUCCAGCAUGCCUCCCCAGCCGCCGCUUACGCCCAUUCUGUCAGCCGCAGUUGGUACAGCGACGCCGACCUUCCUUCCAGCGCGCACAAACAGGGAUGUGUCGACAUUGCAACCCAACUGGUCACCAAUUUUGACAUCGAUGUGAUUCUCGGGGGAGGGAGGAUGUACAUGACACCAAAAGGCACCCCAGACCCUGAAUACCCUACCUCCAACUCCCGCAAGGGGGACCGCAAAGACAAAAGGAACCUCAUUGACGUGUGGCUGAAGGCUAAACCAAACAAAAUGUCACAUUACGUUUGGCACAGGAAGGAGUUCGAUGAGAUAAAUGUUAAAACUACUGACCGCCUCAUGGGCCUGUUUGAGCCAAAAGACAUGAGAUUUGAGGUUUUCCGGAACAGCACACGAGACCCCUCUAUUGUGGAGAUGACAGAGAAGGCCAUCCAAAUCCUUAGCAAGAAUCCCAAAGGUUACUUCCUGUUUGUGGAAGGAGGGAGAAUUGAUCAUGGCCACCAUGACGGCAUUGCCAAACUGGCCCUGACAGAAGCUGUGAUGUUUGACCGAGCGAUUCAGCGUGCUGCCCAGCUAACCAGAGAAUCCGACACUCUCACUGUGGUCACUGCUGACCACUCCCAUGUCUUCACCUUCGGUGGCAAUACACCCCGAGGGAAUCCUAUCUUUGGUCUGGCACCAAAGAAAGCUGAUGAUAGAAUGCCUUUCACCAGCAUCCUCUAUGCAAACGGUCCUGGAUACGUCCACAUAAAUGGAACCAGAGGGAACAUCACAAUGGUGGAUUACUAUGAUGAGGAGUACAUGCAGCAGGCUGCUGUCCCGCUGGAUGCUGAGACGCAUGGAGGGGAGGAUGUGGCCAUCUAUGCCAAAGGCCCAAUGGCUCACCUGUUCCAUGGGGUGAAAGAGCAGAACUACGUGGCACAUGUCAUGGCCUACGCUGCCUGCUUAGAACCCUAUUCAAAGUGCCCUCCUCAUCUCCAUUCCCAUACCUCGAGUGGGGGUGUGAACACACCCUCGACCCUCCUGUUUGGCCUGCUUGGUUUCCUCUAUUUACUCAGAUGACCCCCAAACACACACACACACACACACACACACACACACACACAUCAACACACAUACACACAAUGUAUGCAUGCAGGAGUACGGAUUUCUUGUGCUCUAAAUGUUCAUGGACUGCGUGCACACACAUUCGCUGUGUGCACACAGACAGACAGGUCAGAAUGCAGGGAUAAACAUAUACUGUACUGUUUGUGUUAAUGGAAAUAUGCUUGCACACAUCCUGAUCAUACAGUGUACAAUUAUCAUGAGCUUGUACCCUAGAAUGCAUGAAAAAAAAAUGCAGGCUUCAACAUGUAUGUAGUAGCUCAUAUUCAAAUACAAACUAACAAACAGACAGGCAUUGUAGGCCAGAACAAUAUGCAAAUGUUUGCAAAUAUGCAAAGCUGAAACACUUCAUGCAACUGUUGCCAGUUUUUAGAUCAUCAGCAUUUACUUCAGAAGAACUAUUUCAAACCUGUAUACCUGCAACAUGACUACUAACUUGCACUAACUAGUUCUUUCAUUAGUUAGUUCGAUUUUUGUCCUCUUCUUAUUUUCUAAAGCUAUAUACAAACUCAAUGCUCUCUGUGCAGAGCUGUCAAACAUUUGCAAGGAUCUGUAAUUUAGAGUUAUACAUUAAUCUGAGGCUUUAGCCAGAAACACUUGAAGCAAGCAUGUAGGCUGAGGGCUCACUGUUCAGCUUGUGGGCACUUGGGCAGGACACACAGCUGUUGAUGUACCGGUACAUGAUUGUCUCUUUCCAGAUGGAACAAAAGACACAAAUCUGAACUACAAGCCAUUGUGCCAUACCAAGCUGCAAAACCCACAAACCCAAAAGACCUUACAAGAAGUCAUAAGGAUGCUGUACCUCGUUCAGAAGUGGAACAUAUGUAGCUUUUAUUAUUAUUAUUAUUAUUAUUAUUUUUUUUUAUCAAAGUUGUAUCUUGACCUCAUUGGUUCCAAAUGGUAAAUCUGUUUUCUGUCAGAUUGUCUGUCACUUGAUAUGUAAUCUAUGUGGAUUGUACAUGAAUGUAUUUUGUAAGCAAAUAUUGCCAAUGUAUUUUUAUACUGUGGUUUUGCAAAUGUUGCUUAAAUAAGGUUGGAAAACACAACUUCUUCUUGAUCUGUCUGCAGUUUAUUCUUUUCUUCUUUUUUUUUUUGAAAACAAGUCUCUUGGUGACACA